AUGCCCACGCCAAAGGCAUCGACUGCCAAGGACGUGGCGAUCCACGCCGAGGUCACGUCCGUGCACGUCUGCGCUUUGGUCGCGGUGCAGCUCGCCUACGGCGGGUACCAUGUGGUGAGCAAGGUUGCGCUCCAGGAGGGGGUGAACAGGUACGUGUUCUGCGCGUACAGGGACAUCAUCGCCGUCGCGGCUCUCUUUCUGUUCCAGUUCGUGAGCAGAUGCAUCUGCGGGAUCAAGGGAGAGGUCGUGGUGGGAUCGACGCCGUGGCGCGCGUUGUUCGUGCUCUCCAUCACCGGGAUCUUCAUCAACCAGCUCCUGUUCCUCAAGGGCCUCAGUCUUACCUCCCCGGUGGUGGCCGGCGCGCUGCAGCCCUGCAUCCCAGUCUUCACCUUCCUCCUCGCGGUGACGCUGGGCACGGAGAGCGUGUCGCCCAGACGGAAAGACGGCGCACUCAAGCUCCUCGGCGUGCUCCUCUGCGUCAUCGGCGCGAUGAUCACGUCCACGUGGCAGGGGGACGUCCUCGGGGGUCACGCGGUUGCGCAGGCGGUGGCCGCGACGACACCCAAGGGCGGUCACAGACGCGGGCAACCGCACCGGGCGCCGCACCACGUCACUGGCGUGGUGUUUCUCCUGACUGCGUGCGCGUCCAUGGCGGUGUUUCUCACCGUGCAGCAGAGGGUGCUGACCAGGUUCCCAAAGCCAAACACGGUGACCCGGUGGACCUACGCCAUGGGCGGGGCGCUGCUGCUGGCCGUGGCGGCGGUGAUGGAGCCACCGUGGCGCCCCCAGCACGUGGAGCACUGGAUUCUCAACAGGGACGAGACCAUGGGGGUGCUGUACGGGGGCGUGGUGGCCUCCGCGAUGAAUUAUUCGGUGAUGGCGUGGGCCAAUAACGCCGUCGGGGCCAGCGUGGUGGCCAUCUUCCUGCCCCUGCAACCCGUGGCCGGCGCGCUGCUUUCGUACUCAUUCCUCGGCACUGACAUCUACGCGGGUACCCUUGUGGGCGGAUUAUGCGUCGCCGCCGGUCUCGUGUCGGUCACUAUGGGGAGAAGGGUCGACGCAAAGCAGUGGGAGGCUUCAAAAUCAACGCUGCCUACCACGGCGGCCAAGCCGGACAAGAGUUUGAAGACCUUGGCCCGACGGGGCAGUAGUGGCAGUAUCAUAGAGAUGAUGGGUUUCGGAGGAAGCGGGGACGAUCUGUCAAAGCGCAUUAGCUGA